UCAGGUGACCGCGCGCGGUCACGUGACCCGGCCCGAGUGCGGGCGGUGGAAGGCGGAAGUGGGAGAGGAGUUGAGCGCCGCUUCUCGGGCCCGGGCAGUUUCACGGUGAUGACAUGGCAUCUGCCAGUUCCAGCCGACCAGGAGUGGCCCUGCCUUUUGAGAAGUCUCAGCUUACUCUGAAAGUGGUGUCCGCCAAGCCCAAGGUGCAUCAUCGGCAGCCUCGAAUUAACUCCUAUGUGGAAGUGGCGGUGGACGGACUCCCCGGUGAGACCAAGAAGACUGGGAAGCGCAUUGGGAGUUCAGAGCUGCUCUGGAAUGAGAUCAUCAUCCUGAAUGUCACGGCCCAGAGUCAUUUAGACCUGAAGGUCUGGAGCUGCCAUACCUUGAGAAAUGAGCUGCUAGGCACCGCCUCUGUCAACCUCUCCAGCGUCCUGAAGAACAAUGGGGGCAAGAUGGAAAACACGCAACUGACGUUGAACCUGCAAACAGAGAACAAAGGCAGCGUUGUGUCAGGCGGAGAGCUGACAAUUUUCCUGGACGGGCCAACUGUUGAUCUGGGAAGUGUGCCUAAUGGCAGUGCCGUGACGGAUGGAUCGCAGCCGCCUUCCAGGGAAUCCAGUGGGACCACUGCAGCACCGGAGAACCGGCACCAGCCCCCCAGCACAAACUGCUUUGGCGGCAGGUCCCGGGCGCACAGACAUUCAGGUGGCUCAGCCAGGACAACCACAGCACCCGGCGAUCAAAGCCCUGGUACCAGGAACCGACACCGCCAGCCUAGCAAGAAUCCAAGCCACAGUGGCCUGACCAACGGCACAGUGAAUGACGAGCCCGCUGCAGCCACUGAUCCUGAAGAACCUGUUGUUGGUGUGACGUCCCCGCCUGCUGCAGCCCUGAGUGUGACCCCGAGCCCCAACAUCACAUCCCUCCCUGCUCCAGGCACACCGGCCGAAGGAGAGGAGCCCAGCACCUCGGGCACGCAGCCGCCGCCAGCCACCCCAGCCCCCACCCCAGCCCCCGAUGCUCUGCCCGCCGGAUGGGAGCAACGAGAGCUGCCCAAUGGGCGUGUCUAUUAUGUUGACCACAAUACCAAGACUACCACCUGGGAGCGGCCUCUUCCUCCAGGCUGGGAAAAACGCACAGAUCCGCGAGGCAGGUUUUACUAUGUGGAUCACAACACACGGACCACCACGUGGCAGCGGCCCACAGCUGAGUAUGUGCGCAGCUAUGAGCAGUGGCAGUCACAGCGGAGUCAGCUCCAAGGGGCCAUGCAGCACUUCAGCCAAAGAUUCCUCUACCAGUCUUCAGGCACUUCGAUUGACCAUGAUCCCCUGGGCCCCCUCCCUCCCGGCUGGGAGAAAAGACAGGACAAUGGUCGGGUGUAUUACGUGAACCAUAACACACGCACGACCCAGUGGGAGGACCCUCGGACCCAGGGCAUGAUCCAGGAGCCAGCAUUGCCUCCAGGGUGGGAGAUGAAGUACACCAGUGAGGGCGUGCGGUACUUCGUGGACCACAACACCCGCACCACCACCUUUAAGGAUCCUCGCCCUGGGUUUGAAUCCGGGACGAAGCAAGGCUCCCCCGGUGCCUAUGACCGCAGUUUCCGAUGGAAGUAUCACCAGUUCCGUUUCCUCUGCCAUUCAAAUGCCCUGCCCAGCCAUGUGAAGAUCAACGUUUCCAGGCAGACCCUUUUUGAGGAUUCUUUCCAACAGAUCAUGAACAUGAAACCCUACGACCUGCGCCGCCGGCUCUACAUCAUCAUGCGUGGCGAGGAGGGGCUGGACUACGGAGGCAUCGCCAGAGAGUGGUUUUUCCUCCUGUCGCAUGAGGUGCUCAACCCAAUGUACUGUCUGUUUGAAUAUGCCGGGAAGAACAACUACUGCCUACAGAUCAACCCUGCCUCCUCCAUCAACCCUGACCACCUCACCUACUUCCGCUUCAUCGGCAGGUUCAUUGCUAUGGCUCUAUACCAUGGCAAGUUCAUCGACACAGGCUUCACCUUGCCUUUCUACAAGCGGAUGCUCAACAAGAGACCCACCCUGAAAGACCUGGAGUCCAUCGACCCUGAGUUCUACAACUCCAUUGUGUGGAUCAAAGAGAACAACCUGGAAGAGUGUGGCCUGGAGCUGUACUUUAUCCAGGACAUGGAGAUACUGGGCAAGGUGACAACACACGAGCUAAAGGCCGGUGGCGAGAGCAUCCGUGUUACUGAGGAGAACAAGGAGGAAUAUAUCAUGCUGCUGACUGACUGGCGUUUCACCCGUGGUGUGGAAGAGCAGACCAAAGCCUUCCUGGACGGCUUCAACGAGGUAGCCCCACUCGAGUGGCUGCGCUACUUUGAUGAGAAAGAGUUGGAGCUGAUGCUGUGCGGCAUGCAGGAGAUAGACCUGAGCGACUGGCAGAAGAACACCAUCUACCGGCACUACACCAAGAGCAGCAAGCAGAUCCAGUGGUUCUGGCAGGUGGUGAAGGAGAUGGACAAUGAGAAGAGGAUCCGCCUGCUGCAGUUUGUGACUGGAACCUGCCGCUUGCCUGUCGGGGGAUUCGCCGAACUCAUUGGGAGCAAUGGACCCCAGAAGUUCUGCAUCGACAAGGUUGGCAAGGAAACCUGGCUGCCCAGAAGCCAUACCUGUUUCAACCGGCUGGAUCUGCCCCCUUACAAGAGCUAUGAACAGCUGAAGGAGAAGCUACUGUACGCCGUUGAGGAGACCGAGGGCUUCGGACAGGAGUAAUCUAUCUAGCCUGCCCUUUCCCACAUCCCCAGCUCUCGUGUAGUUCAGAGUCCUCCCUGCCUAAGAGGCUGCUGGCCACAUAGCCCCUCAGGAGGCCCAUAUGGGUGGUGGCCCCACAUGGAAUCACCCUGCCAGCUUUCUGGUGGCCAAAGUGACCCCAGGAGGCCCUCUGGCAGUCUGGAAUAAAACCCCAUCACGUUUGGCCACCUCACCCAUUGCAAAGUCUGGAGGGCUGCCUCUCUCUAGAACACCCUUCCUUCCCCUCAGACCAACCCCAGGUGUGGUGUUUGAGUGUCUGAGGGUCGGUGUCUGCCCUGGGCCAGCUGAGUGAGCUGGAGGUCGGGCACAGUGUGAGUUGGCCCUCCCUGGGUGGGAGGCCAAGGCUGCUGGACUCCAGCCAGGGCUCAGACCCAGCUCCUGCCAGCCCCUUGCGUCUUCACCCAGCAGGGUCGAGCCUGUGGCCUGAGUGUCUGAGGGAGGGUGCAGCAGACUCCGUACGUCGUCUUCUGUCCUUUUAUAUAAACUUGAAGCAUUCGUGUAGGGUGACUUUAUGUUUUGUUUUCGGUAUGCUGCUGUCACUCUGGAUCAAGGAGUUGGGCCCUGGCCCUGUGGGGCCGUGUAGGUCCCAGUGCCACUGGUCAGAGCCUCUCCCCAACAGCUGUUCCCCUCAGGGCCCCCACACAGUGGGAGGUGGGCAUUGUGAGCACCAUUCCUGGCCUUGGCCCUCCUAACCUGGAGGAGAGCUCCAUUGCCAGGUACUGGCUGUCCAGGCUGGCUGUCAGUGUUGUUCAGAGCAAAGCCCACUCUGGCUGCUGAGGGGGUGUCUGUGCUGACCCAUGGGAACCAGCAGAAGGGCCCUAAGCUGCUGCGAGGCCGACUUGAUUUCUUGAGCUCCAGCCAGCCUCCAACAACAAGGGGGAUUCUGCUGUUGGCUGACGUCUUCAAGGUGCACAGGUCCUCUGGGGUGCUGGAGUAGCAACCAUGGCAGACUGCCUGCUGCAGACCCCCAGCAUUUCAGUGCUGAGCCCCAUCCUCAGGCUCUCAGGCCAGCUCUGGGGCGAUGCAAGGGUAGUGUCACCUCCUCAGCUCUCUCCAGGCUGCGGCUGCCACUGUGUGUGUGCGUGCUGAUGUGGGGGGCACAGCUUACUGCAGCUCAAGCCCUUCUGUCCCCUUGGUCACUUGCUGUACUUCCCCACGCAUGUCACCAUGCAGGCGCUCUUGGUACAGGCAGGAGUGUGAGCUACCUGGGCAAUUGGGAAAUGUCAGGGUCAUGGGUAUUCCUGCGUGUUCAUGUGUGUGCAUACAUGUGUGUGUGUAAUUGAAGUGUCUGUGCGGAAUGCCCCGUGAUAGCCCCAGCUUGGUGGACAGAUUGUUUUGUUACACCCGCCCUGCCUUGGUAUUGCCAGUGUCUUGUGCAAUAAACAGUCAGCAGCU